AUGACUUAUUCAUCAAAUGUCACAGUCUUCACUCUUUCUGGACUUACAAAAGGAAACAAAUAUCUGUAUUUUUCAGUGGCUCUUUUUGGAUAUCUUGCAAUGUUGUUGGUUAAUUUUACACUUAUUCUAACAAUCAUUCAAGAUAAGUCUCUCCAUGAACCCAUGUACAUUUUCCUGUGUAGUUUGUGUAUGAAUGGGCUGUUUGGAAUCACUGGUUUUUACCCUAAAUUAUUAUUUGAUAUACUAUCUGAAACUCAUAUUAUCUCUUAUAUGGGAUGUUUAACUCAAGUAUUUGUGAUCUAUUUUGGUUUUAUGUGUGAAUUUUCAACACUAACAGCCAUGGCAUAUGACAGGACUGUUGCAAUAUGCCAACCCUUAGAGUAUCACUCUAUAAUGACAACUCGGACUAUUGUUAAAUUAAUUACUUUCAGCUGGCUGUAUCCUUUUUGUUGUGGACUCUUAUCAGUAGGUCCAGCAGGCAUGUUGCCUUUAUGCGGGACUCAUAUAGAUAAACUUUACUGUGAUAACUGGUCUGUGGUGAAACUUUCUUGUGUGCCAACUACAGCAAAUAAUGUGAUUGGAUUUAUUUUAAUCCUUUCAUUCAUAGCACAUGCUGUUUUUAUUGUGUAUUCUUAUAAGAAACUGAUUGCUGCAUGCAGACAUUCCAAAGAUGACAAGCACAAGUUCAUGCAGACUUGUGUGCCUCAUUUAUUGACAUUAAUAAAUCAUUCACUUGCUCUCCUCUUUGACACAAUGUACAGUCGAUAUGGGUCAAAGGAUUUCCCAAUGAGUCUACGCAACUUCAUGGCAAUAGAAUUUCUAAUAAUCCCACCUAUUUUCAACCCCCUUAUUUAUGGGUUUAAACUCACUGGUAUUCGUAGAAAAAUCUUGAGGCCAUGUAAGAGGCAUAAAGGUAAGAAUCAGCUCAAAAGAAAAAGACAGAUCUAA